CUCUCCCAACUCCCCCCCCCCUUUUGUGCGCAGAAGAUACUCCCGUUUCCUUAAAACUGCUGGCAUUUGCUUGUCAAGCACGGGAUUUUCCAAGGACUGUCGACCUCUUUACGAGUUCCGAAUUUGCAAGGCUAUAUCCAGCUUUUAUUGUGCGUGUGUGCGAUUUUCUGCCUCCAACUUUUGUUGUGUUGCCUAUGCAGACAAAAAAACAUUAACAGCAAAAACCAACCACACCACAAGACAAAGAUCAAGAAAGAAAAACUCACAAACAAGUUUUCAAGAACAAAAACAUCACAAACGGAUUUGCCUUUUUGCCAGGCGAGGACUUUUGAGACAGCAACACAAGCUUUGACAUUUCAUUAGCCUUUGGUCUCCUGAGAUUGCAAGAAACCGCCUCCCGACCCGCUCGUAGAGUACGAAUCUUUGUCCAUUUAAAUACGGAAUCAAUCGUCAAGCUCUGCAGCUGUGACUUUGAAUAGCCAUGGCAGCUUCUACGCAGAUUGCAUUUCGCACCCUUAAGGGAAUCGGCCUCUUGGACGCCUCACCUCUGUACCAGCCUGUUGCAGGCUUCGAGAGGCCUGAAGGGAAUCUUCGCUGUAGCGCUUAUUCACCAUGCGGCCGCUAUUUCGCAUGGGCGUCUCCGGAGCGUGUUACUAUCAUUGAUCCUUCCGUUGGCCACAUCAUCACCACCCUGCCAGCCGACAACGUCUUCGAAUUGGGCUUCUCCCCACUUGGUACAUACAUCAUUACCUGGCAACGGCCAACAAAGGACGAGAAUGGAGAUUCCGUCAAGAACUUGAAAGUAUGGAACGUGGAGGCUCACGCAAAGGAGGGCGGAGUCGGUGAAAACUCAGUGGUAGGUCGUUUCGUUCAGAAGUCGCAAAACAGCUGGAAUCUGCAGUAUACCUCGGAUGAGCGGUAUUGUGGCCGCGUUGUCACCAACGAAGUUCAAUUUUAUAAGAGCCAUGACCUCUCAACUGUGUGGAACAAGCUGCGACAGGAGGGUGUUGUCGAUUUUGCUCUUUCCCCCGGGAAGACGCAAGCACUCGCUGUUUUUGUGCCUGAGCGCAAGGGUCAACCGGCUUCAGUCAAGGUUUAUGUCGUCCCUCAGUUCGCGAAUCCUGUUUCGCAGAAGACUUUCUUCAAGGGCGAUAAGGUCCAGCUCAAAUGGAAUAGUUCUGGAACUUCUGUUAUAGUUUUGGCACAAACAGACGUCGAUAAAUCUGGCAAGAGUUACUACGGAGAAACUACCCUGUAUUUGUUGAGCGCAACUGGAGCUUUUGAUUCUAGGAUCGACCUUGACCGAGAAGGACCCAUCCAUGACGUGACAUGGUCUCCCAACUCGAAGGAGUUUGGAGUCGUCUAUGGUUAUAUGCCGGCUAAAACAACUAUCUUCAACUACCGCGGUGUUGCUACUCAAAGCUAUCCUCUUGCCCCACGGAACACGAUCGUAUUCUCACCCCACGGACGAUUUGUUGUUGUUGCAGGCUUUGGAAACUUGGCUGGUCAGAUGGAUAUUUAUGAUCUGGAAAAGGGUCAUAAGAAGGUCACCACUAUCGAGGGCUCCAAUGCCACCAUUUGCGAUUGGUCUCCAGAUGGAAAACACAUCCUCACUGCCACUACUAGCCCCAGACUGAGAGUCGACAAUGGUGUACGCAUUUGGCAUGUGAGCGGCGCCCUUCAAUACAAUGAAGACAUGAAUGAGCUGUACCAAGUCUGCUGGCGUCCCCAAGGGGCAACGGAAUAUCCAAUCACUGACCCCUUUAACCCUGCCCCGGUCCCUCACGCGUCUGCUCUGGAAUACCUUGCCAAGAGGAAGACCCCAUCUAAGCCUGUUGGAGCCUAUCGACCACCUGGUGCACGCGGUCAGACGACGUCUUUGGCAUUCAAAAGGGAAGACGAAGGUGGUGCUGCCUUUAUGAGAGAAGGAACAACUUCUCUGGGGCCUGCCAAUGGAUUUGGCAAGCCUAGAAGACGUGACAUUCCUGGUGCCGACCCAGUCGAGUAUGUGCCACCAGGCGCAGCUCCUGGCGGCGGAGUGGCUCUCCCGCAUGGGGCUGACGUGACAGAUGAAAAGCUGUCAAAGUCAGCUGCGAAAAACAAGAAGAAGCGCGAGGCCAAAAAGGCCAAAGAAACCGCUGAAAAGGACGGUGAACUGGCCCCUCCAACCGCGCCUCAGCAUCUGAACCCCAGCCCAGACCGUCGCGGAGACCAGCAGCAGCGAGGCCGAUCCAAAAGCCAUACACGCAACCGAGCAGAGAGCAACGUCAACAAUCAUCGCGCGAAUGGCACUGCAUCAGCAGGAAACAACCAGGGGAACAAGGUUGCCAAAGCGAGCCCUCAGCCAAUUGCCCCGCCGGAUUCCCCUGGCGGGAACACAACUCAAGACAAGCGCGUCCGCGGACUACUCAAGAAACUCCGCGCCAUCGACGAAUUGAAAAUGCGACUGGCCGCUGGCGAGAAAUUGGAAGAUACACAAAUGAAGAAAAUUCAAACGGAGGAUUCAGUGCGUAAAGAAUUGGACGGCUUGGAUUUUAUCGGGUAGAUGGGAGAUGCCACGCCACUGUACAGAUGCUCUCAACAUCUCCUUUCACUAAAAUAGUGGGAAGAGGUGUCCUAGAGCAACUCUGAUAUCACACAUCCAGUCUAUUACUGCCUAGCUCAUUUCAAAUCUCGAGAUGGAUACACGGGAAAAACCUAUUUUUACAUAUCAAUAGAGAUUCAUAUAGUAGAACUGAUCAAAAAAUGGAAAAUAUAUGUUGGAUCUGA